GCGAUACAGCGGUGAACGAUGGGGACGAGCAGGGCUUUGAAUUGUUACGCCGAGGGGCAACAAAUGACUAAUUGCAAUGAUGGAUUAGGAAGAGAAGCAUGUGAUGUGGUCCCACAGAUGCACUGAGAGAGCUGUGACCAGGAGACUUUGUGAUAGCUUACAGCGUGGAUCCACGGAAAGUUAGGGCUGCGGAUUCUGGCGAACUUCGCUCACCUACAAUGGCUUAGUUUCAAAGUGAAGAACUCUUCAAUCACCGACGGGGAAAAAUGCCUAUUAUGAAAGGCUUGUUGGCGCCUCAGAACACCUUUUUGGACACCAUAGCAACGCGGUUUGAUGGAACACACAGCAACUUUAUCCUUGCAAAUGCUCAAGUGUACCGAGGCUUUCCCAUUGUCUACUGCUCGGAUGGAUUCUGUGACCUCACUGGCUACGCCCGCACAGAAGUCAUGCAGAAGAAUUGUGGCUGCCGGUUUCUGCAUGGAGCAGAGACCAGUGACCAGCUUUCCAUUCAGAUCGAGAAAGCACUUGACAGCAAGCAAGAGUUUCAAGGAGAAGUGCAGUUCUACAAGAAAUCUGGUGCUGUGUUCUGGUGUUUACUUGACAUCGUCCCCAUUAAAAAUGAGAAAGGGGAGGUUGUACUGUUCCUAGUCUCUUUUAAGGAUGUCACAGAUAACCGAGGCAAAGUCCAUCAGGGAGACGGGAAGGAAGAGGAGAAGCACAAAAACAAAAAGGGAGGUGGGUCCCACUUCAGUGCCGCACGUAGACAGGGCCGAACAGUCCUCUACCGUCUGACCAGCCACCUUCAGAAACAAGACAAAAGUAAAGUUGCUCUGAAUAACAACAUGUUUGAAAAUAAGCCCUCUCUACCCGAGUACAAAGUGGCAUCUGUCCAGAAAUCUCGCUUCAUCCUCCUGCAUUACAGUACCUUCAAAGCUGGCUGGGAUUGGCUUAUCUUACUCGCCACGUUUUACGUUGCGGUGACCGUUCCAUACAACGUUUGCUUCACAGAGACCGAGGACAGCUCUUCUACUUCCCGCAGCACCACUGUGAGUGACGUUGCUGUGGAAAUGCUUUUCAUUUUCGAUAUUAUCCUGAACUUUCGGACCACAUAUGUCAGUCAGUCAGGUCAAGUGGUGUAUGAUGCUCGAUCCAUCUGCAUCCAUUAUGGAACCACAUGGUUUAUUGUGGAUUUAAUAGCUGCAUUGCCAUUUGACCUACUCUAUGCCUUUAACAUAACUGUGACCUCCCUGGUUCACUUGUUGAAGACUGUGCGCCUGUUGAGGCUGCUGCGAUUGUUGCAGAAACUUGACCGGUAUUCCCAGUACAGUGCAAUGGUCCUAACACUUCUAAUGUCAAUGUUUGCACUGCUUGCUCAUUGGAUGGCCUGCAUUUGGUACGUGAUUGGCAGGAGGGAGAUGGAAAUGAAUGAUCCACACACUUGGGAUAUUGGUUGGUUGAACGAGCUCGGCAAACGGUUGGAGACUCCGUACACAAAUAACUCGUUGGGUGGCCCUACCAUUCGAAGUGCCUACAUUGCUGCCCUCUACUUCACCCUGAGCAGCCUCACCAGUGUUGGCUUUGGAAACGUUUCUGCAAACACAGACGCAGAGAAGAUAUUUUCAAUCUGCACGAUGCUUAUUGGGGCUCUGAUGCACGCCGUUGUUUUUGGGAAUGUUACCGCCAUUAUCCAACGUAUGUACUCAAGGCGCUCACUCUACCACACUCGCAUGAAGGACCUGAAAGACUUUAUUCGAGUUCACCGCCUUCCACAGAAUCUCAAGCAACGAAUGCUUGAAUAUUUCCAGACCACCUGGUCCGUGAAUAACGGGAUCGAUGCCAAUGAGCUUUUGCGGGAUUUCCCAGAUGAGCUCCGUGCUGACAUCGCCAUGCAUCUUCACAAGGAGAUCUUGCAGUUACCCCUCUUUAUAUCGGCCAGUCGUGGAUGCUUGAGGUCACUGUCUCUCCACAUCAAAACAUCUUUCUGUGCCCCAGGAGAAUACCUCAUCAGACAGGGGGAUGCCUUGCAGGCAAACUACUUUGUGUGCUCAGGCUCCAUGGAAGUUCUGAAGGACAACAUGGUAUUGGCAAUUCUUGGCAAAGGAGACUUGAUCGGUGCAGAUCUUUCAACCAAGGGCCAAGUAAUUAAAACUAAUGCUGAUGUGAAAGCAUUAACUUAUUGUGACCUGCAAUACAUCAGUUUGAGAGGCUUAUUUGAGGUGUUGGAACUCUACCCUGAGUAUUCAAGCAAAUUCCUGUCCAACAUCCACCGUGACCUGACCUUCAACCUUGAAGAAGGGCGUGAAGCACUGGGAAUCUCAAAAUGCUCCAAAUCCCCAAGACUCCCUCAGUCUCAUUUGCCCAAACUUCCCUCCAUUUUGGAAACUGAGGAUGAACCAAAUGAAUAUUCACACCUCUCACCAGCAACUAAGACUCGCAGGAAGCUCACACUGCCCGGAUUGAACAGUCCGAUCCGCCGAGGAUCUCUUGGCAGUUUGCUGGGAGAGGAACUGAAGCAUUACUCAGCAAUACGACUCGGGAGUCGAUCUCCAGGGAAGUGCAGGAGGGGGGGAAGCCCCCAACAUAAAAAAGAAGGCAGCACGUAUAGUGGUGGAAAUGGCAAUGUCCGAAAGCCAGCAAAGCUCCUUCUACCAUCGCUGAACUGCUGUGGACCGCCUGACCUAAGCCCUAGGAUUGUUGAUGGAAUUGAAGAUGAUGGCAAGAAUUCUGAAACACAAACAUUUCAUUUCAACGUUGAUCAGAGUUUUCAGAAAUCGACCAGAUUAUCUCCAAAGAAAGCUGCAUCUCAGGUGAAUUCCACUGCGGCAGCUGAGGCCCAGGAAAUAAAAAAGAACAUCUGCAGACUUAAUCAGGAGAUGAAUAAUCUGAAUCAGGAGGUAUCUUAUCUCGCUAAGGAGCUUCAUCAUAUGAUGCACCUUCUUCAAAGGCAAAUGUCUGCUCAGCAGUACACCCCUGCAAUGGCCUAUACCCCAUAUGGUGUCUCCAUGGUUUCUUCUUCAUCUCCUUCUACUGACAGCAGUGGGAAUGAAUGGCAACCAAGAUGCUCACAUUCUUUACAGCAACCUACUCUUCAUAUGCAGUCUGGACCAUUUGCUGGAGCUCAACUCAACCGAAGCACACAAGCUCCGAGCUCGUGGAAUUACAACAACCCUUCAACUGUGUGCUACCCUGGGAGUUCUGUGAGGGCAACAGUGUCAUGCCAAAGGACAGCAGAUGUGGAACUUCAUCCAGUGCUGGACUGCUUCCAUGCAGUCUCCAGUCCGGUGACGUCCUUUCAUUAUCAGGUGGCUAUGGGAGAUCAGAGGGAGAGCCCAGUAACUCUCACAGACAUAAAUCGAAACCUUACUCAGUCUGUGGCUGCCUCUCCAAACAUUGCUCGGCCAGUCUCGCUGCCUUCCUGGGACAAGUUACCCAACCCAGCUGGGUCACCUGUCAAUCAAAGCUCAAGCCUCAAGGAAAUUGCGAAGAGGGUUGUAGUCUUUCCCAAACUCCAUCCAUACAAAGAGACCUUUCAGGGACUACACCUCCCGGCAUGCACUUACUUCACUGUUAUUGGCCCGUCUUCCCGCAUCGCUUCGCUGCAAUUGGUCAUGUGGUGUCACCCGACAGCUCGCUCGGAACUUCAGCCCGUUCCGUUCUCUGAUUGGGUGGAGGCAGCGUCAAUUGAGGAAGCGUCCACGCCCCCCUUCUUCCCUGCGUCGUUUCCGGAGGGUGAAUGGGCGGGCCGGCGAUGCGAAAGUGGAAAGGCGGAAGUGGAGGCCGAGACCCGGGCCUGGAGUUUUGUUAACCUGAAGCAGCGGAGAGAAGUGAAACAAGAGCCCGGGGGGUGGGAAGGCGACGUCGUUGCCGCCGCCUGUUUCGCCCCAUUUGUCGCUGCGUGA